AUGGCCACGGCUACGGGCGGUGCUAUGCUUGGUGUGGCUGGUUGCGAGCCACCCGUUCCUGGCAUGCGCGUGGUCAAGGAUCCGUUGUCAAAUCUGGAGCAUCCCGCGGCCUUGGAGGCUGGUAGCUUGCUGGCUCCUCAAGAGUCUCUUGCGCUCGUGGGGUGUGGAACACGUGCGGUCACCUUUUUGAACUAUUACGUCUAUUCCGUGGCUCUCUAUCUUCGUGAAGAAGACCGCCGCCAGUGGGGCAACCGUUACGCCGAGCCUCUGCCCGAGGCUUUCCGCGAGGCCGUGAACCAGAGCCCGCGUGUGAUUCGGCUGACACCUUAUCGCAAAGCCGCCUUCUCCCACCUGCGUGACGGUUUCAACCGUGCUCUCUUUGCACGCCUCCACAAGAGCUCUGUUGGCCCGGAAGAGGACGAGCGCAUUCGUGGCGAACUUCAGGAAUUGUCGCAGGUCUGGUCUUGGUCGUAUAACUGGAGCGCCAUCCUCAUAAUAUUCGCUCUGCUUUACGAAUCAACCAUUGCCCUCUGA